UAGUAAAAGAGCUUGGCAGCAAGCAAUGGGUUAGGGUUUCCAGAACAGAGAGCUUCACAGAAGCCAUUACAGAGUACCGGGCUUCCAAAGCUGGGUUUGUGGAGGAACAUUGUGGAGAGGAGGCAAUGAAGCGAGGGAAAUUGGACUCGCUGAUGUCUCCGAGUCGACUCAGGCUGCUCCAGAUUCUGAUGGCCUUGGUCUUCUUCUGCAUGCUCUUCAUGAGCUUCGAAAUCCCUCUUGUCCUCAGAACUGGCCUCGGAGCCUCCGGCGACGAAAUGUACAGUUUCAUCAGCGACGCUUUGCCGAGGCCUUUGGCUCUCGAGAGCGAAGAGGACUUCGCCGACAAAGACGCUCCGAGUCGACCCGCCGACAAUCCUCUCCGAGUCUUCGGUGGCUCGCCGCAUCGGACGCCCACGCGGGAGUUCAAGAAAGUCUCCGGCUUGGCAUUCAACGGCACCGUUUUCGACGCCCAUGUCGGCGAGGGGAACUCCUCGGAGCUUCACAUGGCAGCCAAGCACGCUUGGGCAGUGGGAAGGAAGCUCUGGAACGAGCUUGAGUCCGGGAAAAUCCAGAACAAUCCGAUCGUUAAGCCGGAGAACCGGUCCGAGCAGUGUCCGCAUUCGAUUGCGCUUUCGGGGUCGGAUUUCCGGGCUCGGAAUCGGGUUCUGGUUCUUCCUUGCGGCUUGACGCUGUGGUCCCAUAUCACGGUGGUUGGGACGCCGCGCUGGGCCCACCAGGAGUAUGAUCCGAAGAUCGCGGUGUUGAAGGAAGGAGACGAGUCGGUGAUGGUGUCGCAGUUCAUGAUGGAGUUGCAGGGAUUGAAGACCGUUGAUGGGGAAGACCCGCCGAGGAUAUUGCAUUUCAAUCCGAGGCUGAAAGGGGAUUGGAGUGGAAAGCCCGUGAUUGAGGAGAACACUUGUUAUCGGAUGCAAUGGGGAUCGGCGCUCCGUUGCGAGGGAUGGAAAUCUAGGGCGGACGAAGAAACCAUUGAUGGGCAGGUGAAAUGUGAGAAGUGGAUUCGUGAUGAUGACAAUCACUCAGAAGAAUCAAAGGCUUUGUGGUGGUUGAACAGGUUGAUUGGCCGAACCAAGAAGGUGACUAUAGACUGGCCGUAUCCUUUUGCAGAGGGCAGGUUGUUUGUACUUACUGUUAGUGCUGGAUUGGAAGGUUACCAUGUCAAUGUCGAUGGUCGGCAUGUUACUUCGUUCCCAUAUCGCACGGGAUUUGUUCUUGAAGAUGCCACAGGACUUUUUGUGAACGGAGAUGUUGAUGUGCAUUCUGUAUUUGCUGCUUCUUUACCCACAUCACAUCCUAGUUUUGCACCACAGUUGCAUCUUGAGAUGUCUGCUAGAUGGAAAGCUCCUCCUCUUUCCAACGAUCGUGCGGAGCUUUUUAUUGGCAUCCUUUCUGCCGGCAACCAUUUUGCUGAGCGGAUGGCUGUUCGGAAGUCUUGGAUGCAACAUAAGUUGAUCAAAUCUUCACAUGCUGUAGCUCGUUUUUUUGUGGCACUGCAUGGAAGAAAGGAAGUUAACGUAGAGCUAAAAAAGGAAGCAGAUUAUUUUGGUGAUAUUGUUAUAGUCCCUUACAUGGAUAACUAUGACCUUGUUGUAUUGAAGACAAUUGCCAUCUGCGAGUAUGGGCAUCGCACAGUUGCUGCAAAGCACAUCAUGAAGUGUGAUGAUGACACAUUUGUUAGGGUGGAUACCGUACUUAAGGAGGCACACAAAGUUGGUGAAGAUAAAAGUCUCUACAUUGGAAAUAUUAACUACCACCACAAACCCCUUCGUUAUGGUAAAUGGGCAGUAACAUAUGAGGAGUGGCCAGAAGAAGAUUAUCCACCGUAUGCAAAUGGUCCAGGUUACAUCAUAUCCAGCGACAUUGCAGAGUUCAUCAUAUCUGAGUUUGAAAAGCACAAGUUGAGAUUGUUCAAGAUGGAAGACGUGAGCAUGGGAAUGUGGGUGGAGCAAUUUAACAGUUCAAAACCGGUGCAGUAUGUGCACAGCGUGAGAUUUUGCCAGUUUGGUUGCAUUGACGAUUACUACACUGCUCAUUAUCAAUCCCCGAGACAGAUGAUGUGCAUGUGGGGCAAAUUGCAGCAGCAUGGAAGACCCCAGUGCUGCAACAUGAGAUGACAAAAGUAUAGAAAUCCUAUCCUCUUCCUUUAGUUUAUACUAAUCGAUUGAGUAGUCAUAGGAGUCGCAUUAAAGCCCCUAUGGAGGCUUCUUGCUACUGCCCUACCAUAAGAGAAAUAAGCCAGUCACAGGCAAACAACCUCUUGAGUCUCUAACUUCCGAAUCCGAAUACCCAAAAGACCUACUGGUCGGCCACUGCUGCCUACGAUCCAGUGUGCAGGGUGCUCGCUGAUCGGAAACCUUUCCCAAGAAAGAGGGUCUUCACUGAAGGGCUCUUCAAGGUAAACAACAAACUAAGAUAGUGUUUCCUCACAAAAUAGAAAAAUUUGGGAAGAAACAACACAGAGUAACCUAGUUUUGGCAGUCGAUAGCAGUAUAUUAUCUCUGUAAAUUUAAAAGGGUUUUCAAGUUAAAUGGGGUUGUAAUGCUCUCAUGCCCCACAUUCCAAUUCCAUUUAUUAUUUCACCUAUAUAGCUUCCUAUUUCUUGCAAUGCUCAAUUGUAACCUUCCUUUCUGGUCAUCAGCUUGACACAAAGGCACCCGGAAGUGAUUGCAAGUGAUAAUUUCCAUCAAUGAUUUAUUGGCUACGUGUUGCCAACAAAGGCAUUCUCGGUGGUAAAUAAGGCCUUUCUCUGUUGAGCAAUUCUGUUUAUCACUGUAUUUUAGCCAAAAAAAAAAAAAAAGAAUCUCUUUAUCA